UGUUGGUGGUGGUGGUGGUAGUGGUGUUGGUGGUGGUGGUGGUAGUGGUGGUGGUGGUGUUGGUGGUGGUGGUGGUAGUGGUGGUGGUGUUGUUGGUGGCGGGGGUGGUGACACGUUGUGGGGGCAGAGCAGGAGGAUCGUGGAUGGUGCUCGACCUCGUCCUGAUCUUCACAGCAACAACUACAUCAACAACAACAGCAGCAACAACUACAUCAUCAACAACAACAGCAGCAACAACUACAUUAUCAACAGCAGCGUCAACUACAACUACAUCAUCAACAACAGCGUCAACAGCAGCAACAACUACAUCAUCAACAGCAGCGUCAACUACAACUACAUUAUCAACAACAGCGUCAACAGCAGCAACAACUACAUCAUCAACAGCAGCGUCAACUACAACUACAUCAUCAACAACAGCGUCAACAGCAGCAACAACUACAUCAUCAACAGCAGUAACAACUACAUCAACAACUACAUCAUCAACAGCAGUAACAACUACAUCAACAACUACAUCAUCAACAGCAGUAACAACUACAUCAACAACUACAUCAUCAACAGCAGUAACAACUACAUCAACAACUACAUCAUCAACAGCAGUAACAACUACAUCAACAACUACAGCAGCAGCAGCAGCACGUCCUGCCGGUUGACGAUGGGCGACCCGGGCAGCGCGCAGCGACUGCAAGAGGCGCACGCGAAGGUGGUCUCGGAUUGCAGGGCCAAGAUACAGCACUGGGAGAAGGUUCGGAUGGAUUAUAGUGUCUUGCGAGACCGCCUCAGCACCCUUCCCGAUCGCCUGCACUACAGCGUCAUGGUACCCAUGGGGCCCCUCGCCUUCAUGCCUGGCCACCUCAUUAAGACUAAUGAGGUGACGGUGCUGCUGGGAGACAAUUGGUUCGCCUCGUUAUCGGCCAAGCAAGCGGAAGGCAUCGCAGAGCACCGCAUGCAACACGUCCAGAAGACGAUCGACGACCUGGGCAGAGCGCAGGGGAGCGUUGAGUCCCGUCAGAGGUUCACCAGCGAGCUCGCGGGGCUGGACAAGGAAAGGGGGAAUAUGGAAAUACGGGAGGAGUUGGAGAACGAUGAACCGAGGCAGAAAGGAAAGCCGCGGGUGGCCCACAGCCCCCACUCGAGGCCCCCCCCCGCCCCUCCCCGCGAGACCCCGGCCGCACCUCCCGACCCCCGUCACCAGCGAGAGGACACGGAGGAGAUGAGUCGUAUCUGGGCGAGGCUGGAUGAGCUGGAGAGGGAGGAGGAGGCGAUGGAUGAAGUGUUCAGGGCAGAAGAUAGCAACCCUGCUGAUGCUGAUGAUGUUGCUGAUGGUGACAUUGCUGAUGAUAAUGCUGGUGGUGGUGGAGAUAUUUUGGAAGAUUCAGAGUCCAAUCAAAUCCACCGUCACAUAUCGGUAACCACCAAAAGUUCUAAAGAGGAGCAGGAGGGGUCUGCGUGGGAGGGCGAGGGGCUUGGCGACGACCUCACGGAGUGGGAGGGGACGCCCACCAUUCGCUUCUCCCACACGACGGAACCCAAGAAGGUGCGUAUCGACACCGGCAGGAACACGACGCUCAAGUUCAGCGAGCGGAGGGAGCAGCAGCAGCAGCAUCGUCGGCGCAGGCACAGCGGUGGUAGCAAUGGCGGCACCACCACUCUCCGCUCCCCGGCCGACAUCUACAGGUGGUUUGUGGACGUGGCGAGCGGCCACCGCCGCCCACGCAAGUCCAUCCUGAAGUCGCGCAGCCACGAGGACGGCCUGGGUAGCGACGAGUUCAGCUACGGCGGCUACGGCGGCAGCAGCAGCAGCAACAGUGGAAGCAGCAACGGCAGCAGCAGCUACAACGGCAGCAGCAAUGGCAGCAGCAGCAUCAGCGACUCCAUCAUUAGCGCCAUCAUCGCCGGUAGUGGUGGCGGUGGUGGUGGUUGUGCCGGAGAUGCGGUCUUCCAUCCUUCAGAGGGGGGUGAUGGCAACACAACCGGCAACAAUAACGUCAUCAGCAGCAGCAGCAACAAUAACGUCACCAGCAGCAGCAACAACAAUAACAUCGACUCCACCACCAACAACUCAACUGCCACCAACUCCACCACCACCAACAACAACAACUUCACCUGUGAGUCAUCCAUCACGAGUCAGUCGCCCACCACCACCGACAGCAGCAGCAAGGAGGUGGUGGAGGAGGAGAUGUCAAGAUGUCCACUGCCUGAUGCGUUUUCUGGAGUUGUCUCGGAGAGAUCGGCCCAUGGCGCUCCGCCGUUGUCGCCGCCGCCAGCCACGGCGCCAGCCACGGCGCCAGCCACGGCGCCAGCCACGGCGCCAGCCACGGCGCCAGCCACGGCGCGCCGCCACCACGACGACGAUGGCGGCAGGGCAGGAGGUGCGGGUGGUGACGGCUCCCACUCCGGCGAGCCUCCUGCUGCACCCAGACGCGUCUCCAAGUUCAAGGCGGAGCGACUCGCCUCCAUGCGGUGACGGCGACAACCACCACGCCGUGACGUGGCUGUGACACCGUAGCCGUGACGACGACCACGCCGUGAUGUGGCGGUGACAUCGUAGCCGUGACGACGACCACGCCGUGACGUGGCGGUGACAUCGUAGCCGUGACGACGAUGAAGGUGACGUAGCGGUGACAUCGUAGCCGUGACGACCAUGAAGGUGACGUAGCGGUGAUAUCGUAGCCGUGACGACGAUGAAGGUGACGUAGUGGUGACGGCACCAUGACGACGUAGCGAUGACGACGUAGCGACGACGCCGCAUCCUCGCCGCGUAGCGACCGACUGCGAGCGGUGAAUGAUGGCGUCGUUAGCCCCGCCCCACUGGCCCUGCUUGGCCCCCAGCCAGAUUCUUCAGACUCCGCCUCCGAGCGUGGCCGGCAGCAGCAGUCGGGGAUCGGCCUCGGUUGGUCGCUAGCUUGGCUCGGACGUGGCAGUGGAAAAACACCACCUGUACCGUGCUAGCUUGGCUCGGACGUGGCAGUGGAAAAACACCACCUGUACCGUGCUAGCUUGGCUCGGACGUGGCAGUGGAAAAACACCACCCGUACCGUGCUAGCUUGGCUCGGACGUGGCAGUGGAAAAACACCACCCGUACCGUGCUAGCUUGGCUCGGACGUGGCAGUGGAAAAACACCACCUGUACCGUGCUAGCUUGGCUCGGACGUGGCAGUGGAAAAACACCACCCGUACCGUGCUAGCUUGGCUCGGACGUGGCAGUGGAAAAACACCACCUGUACCGUGCUAGCUUGGCUCGGACGUGGCAGUGGAAAAACACCACCCGUACCGUGCUAGCUUGGCUCGGACGUGGCAGUGGAAAAACACCACCUGUACCGUGCUAGCUUGGCUCGGACGUGGCAGUGGAAACGAGUCUCAGGGUCGGUGUCUCGAGUUGAGACCGGGUCUCAGGGUCGGGGUGAGUUUUCGCGAAAUUUUAGGGGGUUGCACUGACAUUGACAUUGAAAUGUGAGCACUUGCGGGGGGUGAGCGGGGGGGGGUAGCGGGGGGGGGGAUUUGUAGGGGAGGGUCGAGCGUGGCGAUGAGGACGUUUGGAAUGUACGGGCACAGUACUUUGUAAACCUGCAACGGCCACUAAAUUUGACAAGUGAGAGAGAACCGCCCUCCCCCGUGUCUCGAGUGAGUUUUUCAAGCAUCGUUUAGCAUCAACGACUCCGCGUCUGUGUGCGUGUGUGCGUAUGUAAAGUAGUAACUCGGCGGGAGACGUCUUCACGGGUAGCACACUCCUUUUUAUUGACACCAAACUGUUACAUGGGUGACUAACACUCACCCAGCCCCUUGGGUGACUAACACCCACUCAGCCCCUUGGGUGACUAACACCCACU